CUGAUUUAGGGUAUAUUCGACAUUGGGACCCAAACUGGCGCGGCCGUCGGAUCCGUUGGUGGCAUGAGACGAGGACAGAGUUGGCGUGCGUGGUGGGCGGCCGGAUCUUUGGAGUGUCCACAGGACCCUCACGCGGUCGCCGGUGGCGCUACCCAGUUGAGUAUUCUCAUUUGGGCUCACAUGAUAAUCCCACAGCCUUCCGCGUACGAGUUCCCCCCGUUUGCCGACGACGGCGACCUCCUCGCGUUCAUGGAUGGCACGCUCUUCCCACCUACCAAAUCGUCCCAUGACGACAUGGCGGUGGCGUCAUGCCCAUCGUCUCCACGAUCGGCUCACACCACCGACCUCGACACUAGUGACGAUUGCGCGCAUGACCACCAUUUCCCGAUGGAAAAGGGCGAACGGAGAAAGCAGCAAAUUCGAGACGCGUCGCGGCGGUGUCGUAUCAAACAACGCGCGGAAGUGAUGAAUUUGCGGACGCGAGUGGCCGAACUCGAAGCCCGCGUCGCAACCGGGAUCAAACUGCAGCGUGAUCACGACAUGCGCCUGCGCCAAAUUGAACUGCUCGAAGGGGAGAUCGCCCGCCUGCGGAAUGAGUUGAGUGAGUCGCAGCAUUUGUUGGGGACCAUUCGCGAGCUCCUCCAGUGACGAGCGCUCUCCGUUAACUUGGCAAAUGAACACUUGAUUAUUUAUAGCGCUAACGACAAUGGCAACCAGAGGCCAUGCGAGAG